CCGCCUUUGUACAUUUGAAGCAGCGUAGCCAGUACAGCACUAAGACUUCUGAUACCAUUGCAUCCGCUUCUCAAGAGCAUCCUCCGUCGCCCAGGCAGACAUCCAAAAUGUCCUCCAUCACCAUCGCGACUCUUCCCCGCAUGAGCCGCGAUGCUCUCUCGGCUCUACUCCUCUCGGCCACCUCCCCGAGCAAAUUGGCCAUCGUAGAUGUCCGGGACUCUGACCACGUCGGCGGUCACAUUUAUUCGUCCACCUGGGUUCCCAGUUCCACGCUGGACGUGCGCAUGCCCGAACUCGUUCGCACGUUGAAAGACAAGGAGCAGGUCGUCUUCCACUGCGCGCUCAGUCAGCAGCGUGGCCCUUCUGCUGCCCUUCGUUAUGCGCGGGAGAGAGAGCGCACGCUCGGCGCUGAGGAAAGCCACAAACAGGAGGUUUAUGUCCUAGAAGGAGGCUUCGUGCAGUGGCAGGAAAAGUAUGGAAAGGAUACUCGGCUGACUCAGGCGUACGUUGAGGAUAUCUGGCGAGAGUAUUGAAAGGGUGCGCUUCGUUUCUGUUUCUCCGUUAGGCAUUGUUAGAUAUAUACCC